AUGGAGGAGUGCGCUUGCCUCUGCGGCUUGGGCUCUUCGCGGGGAUGUUCGUGUCCUCAGGAGCCUCAGGACCCAGCUGAGACGGCAGCGGCCGAGGGCAAGCGGUGUCCUCAGAAGCGCCCGCGCCCAGCUGACACGGCAGAGGCCGAGGGCAAGCGCCUGGCCCAGGUCUGCACCAAAUUCCGCCGCAUCCUGCACACCGACACCAUCUGGAGACGGCGCUGCCGGGAGGAGUUUGGCGUUUGUGAAAACUUGCAGGACCUGGAGACGGUGGGUACGUCUUACCGAGAAGUCUAUGCGAAGCUGCUCCACCCGCACAGACACAUCUUGGGAUUGUGGCAGCGAGAUGCUGAGGGCCUUAAAACGCUGCUGUAUGCCGCGGUGGACGGCUUAGGCAUCACUGGUUGGACAUACGUGCCUUGUCUUCACACCCUGGUGGAUGGUCCAAUGCAGUUCAUGCCCGCGUUCCGAAUCCGCCUGACGGAGACGAAAUCAGCCGCGGUGGAGUGCAUGGAAGGCCGCCACCGCCGGCCCCACUGCCGCCGCCUGCAGAUUCGGAAGGACAGGUUCCAAACCUGGUGCCAGAAGACAGACCACCUGAAUGAUUUCCUAACGCUGCUUCGGCAGGAAUGGGGGCGGAUGCUGGUGCUGGAGGACAGACAGCAGUAUGACUGCCGGACCUACCGCCGCCUCUACCUCCCAUCCAAUCGCUAUGGCCCGAUGAUCGCCGUGCUCAGCUUCCACGGGAAGUGUGCCAGGGUCACGGAGAUCACCGGAACCUUAUUCCAGACGUUACAGAUCCACCUCACGCGCCGCAUCGAGAUGCGAGGGGGAGAGAUCUUCGGGGACGUCGACGUGCUCUCCCUCGUGGUCCGGGAGAUGGAGGAGCAGGGCGCGCGCUCAACGGACCACAACUACCCCGGAACCUGCAGGAUGUGUUUCUAUGGCGUGCGCACUUCUACCUCACAUGGCUUCACCGAGUCCAGCACUGGCGUCGUCACCCUGUUCGAUGAGAACCUCUUCGGGUUCCUGUGUCUGCAGGAGAGAGCCUUCAGACUGUUCCGCAGAGUCCAGAACACCUUCCGGAAUGCGGAGGCGCCAUCGCCGCAGGCCUUCCUGGAGAUGCUCUCCAGCAUCCGGUCGUGA